AUGCUUGUCGCUAAGCUUCCCACCGGCGUCGAACGCUUCAAGGAAUCUGCAGCAUAUGCUCUUUAUAUGCUGCUAGGAAGUUCGGCGGAUUUCCUGCACGCGACACUGCAGCUCGUUCACAUCAUCCCUCGGAGUCGUCCCUCUUCGGAUUACCGGGCAUUAUGCGGCAUCGAGCUAAACGCUGAGAACAUAUCCGUUCUUUCGCCUGACACCGUCGUGAAGUGGCAUGACUGGUAUGAACCUGAGGAACUCCCUUUGGCCGAAGCGAUGACUUUGGAUCACAUCUUCACCCACACCACCAUCCCGGUCCCUCGCGUUCGUCGCGUCAUCCGCAUCGAUUCCGAGCACACAGAUGCCAUCAUCCUCGACCGGAUUCCAGGAAGGCAACUUCGGCGCGCGUGGCCGACGAUGUCCCUCUGGGCGAAGUUGCGCGUAGCGUUCAUCCUCCGUGGGUACAUCCGCCAGCUGCACACCGUCCGUAACCCUCGUCCUGGUAUGCCUGGGCCGAUGGCCCCGGGGGAUCUCGCUCGCUUCUUCAACUGCCGGCGAAGAGCCAACAUGAUAUACUACCCUCAUCUGUUCGCGGGUGUUCCGGAGGAGUGGUUCGACUGUUCACAGCCUCUCGUGAUGACCCACUGCGACCUCAACAUGCGCAACAUCCUCGUUGGCGACGACGGGCGACUGUACCUGUUGGACUGGGGGUACUCGGGAUUCUAUCCUCCCUGGUUCGAAUACGUCAACUGGGAGUUUUGGUUGUGCUGCGAAAUGGGCGGGAAGGCAGCGGAACUUGAUCGCGAGGACCGGCUGUGGAACCUGAUGAUCCCGUUUAUCACCGGUCCGUACUAUAAGGAGGACAGAUGGUUCUCGUUCGCAUAUCUUACAUACUGGUGA